GCCGCGGCGGCACCGGCGGCUGAGGAGGAGGAGGAGGUGGAGGCGGCGGCGGAAGAGAAAGCAGCCGCGGCGGCUGAGGAGAAAGCGGCCCCGGGGUCGGACGCCGGGUGGGGGGGAGGGGGGGAGACGGAGCAGCCUUGAGCCCUGCAGGGGCCGUCGCACGGGGGACCCACCCGCUCUCCCCCCCAACCCUCCUCAGCAGAAGCCGCCGGCGGCGGCGGGGGCCGGAGUCAGCCCGCUUCCGACCGUACCCCGCCCGCCUCCCGGGGCUCUUUUUCUUUGGCCCCGGGACCCUAACCUCUUCCCGGGGCGGUUCCCCUCUGUCUGGGCGUCCGAGUGCUGCCCACUGCUCUUUCAUUUUCCCCUGCACCUCUUUACCUUCACUUUUCCCCGGGUUCUCUCCCCCCCCCCCCCCCCCGCCUUGCCUUUCGCCUUCUCUCCUCACUCUGUCCAGCCUCCUUCCCGUCGCGCAUUCUGCCCAGGAAAGUUUGGUACACCCCCCCCCCGCAACCCUCCCCCCCCAUCAGGUCAACCUGACUAGACUAGGAGUAGGGGGAGAUGUAGGAAAGGCCUGAGAGUUCGAGGGGGGGGGGAAAGCCAGAAGCAGGUUUUCUUUGCAGAUUUCCCCCCCAUCUUUUGGGUUUUAGGGUGGCUGGGAAAUCCGUCGAAAUUGUGUUUUUUUGAGGAGGUGGUAGGUGUUUAGAAAAGGAUGUGGGAAUGGAAGGGGUAGAUGAGUCAACCCUCUUACAGGAUUCUAAGGGUGGUGUGUUACCUGAUCCUUUUCGUGUGUGGAGUUCAGGGGGUCGGGAGAUUUGGCCUUUAUUCCCACAUUCAAAGUUGGAACCUCCCCCAAAUUAAGGAUGGAGUUUUAGUACCCACUUGUGGCAGGAAUCCUGGGGGGAAGGGGUCCUUUUUUCCCCCCCUUUUCUUUUCUUUUUUUUUUCCUUUCUUUUCCUUUUUCUUUUUUCUUUUUUGGCAACCCAUACCCUUCCACAUUCACACUCACCCAAAACUUAAACACCAAGAUCCUCUUAACUUGUUUGGAUUGACUGAUGAAGACAUAAAGCCAGUUACGCUCUAUGUUUUUUGGAGGUGGAGUGAGUGGUUUUUCUUCAUUUUUUAAAUGGCCAAAUGACAGCUUGACCCAGUUUGCUUUCCAAUCAAAGGGCAUUUUUUGAAUGUCUCUUUGUGGCGCAAGAGCCAACGCAAAAAUGAUGGCGGCUUACAAUGGCGGUACAUCUGCAGCAGCAGCAGGUCACCACCACCACCAUCAUCACCACCUUCCACACCUUCCUCCUCCUCACCUUCACCACCACCACCACCCUCAACACCAUCUUCAUCCGGGGUCGGCUGCCGCUGUACACCCUGUACAGCAGCAUACCUCUUCGGCUGCCGCCGCAGCCGCAGCAGCAGCCGCAGCCGCAGCUAUGUUAAACCCUGGGCAACAACAGCCAUAUUUCCCAUCACCGGCACCUGGACAGGCUCCUGGACCAGCUGCAGCAGCCCCAGCUCAGGUACAAGCUGCUGCAGCUGCUACAGUUAAGGCACACCAUCAUCAGCACUCGCAUCAUCCGCAACAGCAGCUGGAUAUUGAGCCCGAUAGGCCUAUUGGAUAUGGAGCCUUUGGUGUAGUCUGGUCAGUAACAGAUCCAAGAGAUGGAAAGAGAGUAGCACUCAAAAAGAUGCCCAACGUCUUCCAGAAUCUGGUCUCUUGCAAAAGAGUCUUCCGGGAAUUGAAGAUGUUGUGUUUUUUUAAACAUGAUAAUGUACUCUCUGCCCUUGACAUACUCCAACCUCCACACAUUGACUAUUUUGAAGAAAUCUAUGUUGUAACAGAAUUGAUGCAGAGUGACCUGCAUAAAAUUAUCGUCUCUCCUCAGCCACUCAGCUCAGAUCAUGUCAAAGUUUUUCUUUAUCAGAUUUUGCGAGCCUCUGAACUUCAGGGAGUACAGGUGUUCUGUUUUGUGAUUGUUUAUUGUUUGGAUUUGAUCACAGAUCUGUUGGGCACACCAUCACUGGAAGCAAUGAGGACAGCUUGUGAAGGUGCUAAGGCACACAUACUCAGGGGUCCUCAUAAACAGCCUUCUCUUCCUGUACUCUACACCCUGUCUAGCCAGGCUACACAUGAAGCUGUUCAUCUACUUUGCAGGAUGUUGGUCUUUGAUCCAUCAAAAAGAAUAUCCGCUAAGGAUGCCUUAGCCCACCCCUACCUAGAUGAAGGGCGACUAAGAUACCACACAUGCAUGUGUAAAUGUUGCUUUUCCACCUCUACUGGAAGAGUUUAUACCAGUGACUUUGAGCCCGUCACAAAUCCCAAAUUUGAUGACACUUUUGAGAAGAACCUCAGUUCUGUCAGACAGGUUAAAGAGAUUAUUCACCAAUUCAUUUUGGAACAGCAGAAAGGAAACAGAGUGCCUCUCUGCAUCAACCCUCAGUCUGCUGCUUUUAAGAGCUUUAUUAGUUCCACUGUUGCUCAGCCGUCUGAGAUGCCCCCAUCUCCUCUGGUAUGGGAGUGACAGUGGAGGAUAAUGUACUACUGAAGAUGUCAUGUAGCUUUCCACUGGAGUCUGGGAUUUGCAAUUCUGGAGGUUAAUCAUGCUUGUACUGUAAUUUUACUAAUGAAGUUUUAAAUUAACAACCACUACUUGUAUGAUAUGAAUAAUAUUUAGAAAUGUUACUAGACUUUUAAUCUUGUAAAGUGGUUGUGCUUUUAGAAGAAAAAAAUAUUUUACCCAGAGUUGCACAUGUUUUAUGAAAUUAGUGCAGCUGUUAUGGCUCACCUCAGAACAAAAGAGAAUUGAACCAAAUCUGAGAGUUGGGGUUUUUGUUUUCUUUUUUUUAUUUUUAUUGAAGUGAGAUUGUACACACACACAUACACACACACACACACACACACACACACAGAGGACAGUCCUACAUUUUGAUAUUUGAGCCAUUCCUAAAGAUUUGGUGUUUUCUAAAACUAAAGAAUCUAGAAACGUUGCCUGCGACCAAUCAUGGAGCCACGUGAGCUAAGCGUGGCUGCACCUGGGGGAUGGGGGAGGGAGGCGGGGCAUGCCACCUAAUGAUCAAGCCCUAUAAUUAGCUUCUCAUUAGCGCCGUGAUGGUGAUGUGUGCUGUCUAAAAUCCAAUGUUGUGGGUAGAGAGGAUGAGUCUGUGACUAGGAGAGACUAAAACUUUUGUUUUUCCUUAUUCAGUAUAAAUAUAUAUAUAUAUAUAUAUUUAAUCUAUUUUUAUUAGAAGUUUUUCUGCUCUUUCUUACAUAAAAGAACCCCAAGCAUGCAUCUUUCAUGUGUGUAAAUAAUUCAUUUCUGGGCUAAUUUCAAAAGAAUCCCAACAUUGCUGUAUAGAGAAAGAACUAGCUUGCACAUUUUAGGUCUGUGAAAUUUUGUGAGACUUUUCCUGCACUGGACAGUGAAAAAUAAUAAAUAACUAAUAAAAGACAGAAACAAAUUUUUUAAAAGUUAAAGCCACACACACACACACACAAAGGCACAUAGGGAAUUAUGUCAAAUGUGUUUGUGUCCUUAGGCAAAGCUGUGGGAGUCUUGAAAUGUCACAGUAGUAAAUAACUUAUUACUUUUUGACAAAUUUCUUUUUUUUUCUGUUGGAACACUGAAUUCUUCUGUGUAUAUGUAUAUAUGAAUACAAACUGAAGGCCUCUACCUCCUGGAGUUAGACAACUUGGCUUGUUUACCUCCACAUGCUGAUGAUGACUAUUUUUUUUUUUAAGUUCAGUGUGGAGACUUGAAACUUGAAUGUCCCUUCCAACUUUUAUAUUAAAAAUAAAAAGACAAGAAAAUUGAAGAUCAUUUUUCACCUGUACAAGGAGUACUAACGGAUCGUCUUAUAAUUGGUCUAGGAAAAAAAAAAAAACCUUGGUGUGUGUUAUGGACAUUUAACUGUUGAAGUUAUUGUAAGUUAUCUGUAUUUAGCAGAGUAUUUUCAUCUUGAGUGAUCUGAGCUGAAUUUGAAGAUUAUUAAUAAGUUAUGUUUGGAAGUUUUAACUUCAAUGAAGUAAUUAUUUGCUGUGAAAGAAACAAACAUUGAAUUACUAAACAAAGAUGGUGCAAUAUCUUUGUUUUUUUUUUUUAUGAGGCUCCUGAGAAUCAACCCCACUGAAGCAUUUCAGUUCACUUGAAUGAGAAACGUGUUUAGUAUCAAAAGAGCCCAAGAAGACACUGGUGUGAAAGGUACAAUCUCAGAGGUUGGUCAAUUACCGUGGCACACUUUCUGGUCACUUUGUACAAUGUAGAUUUGAAGUACAGUGGUGAAAACAUUAAAUGUGACAUUUGAAAAAGA